AUGACAAGCGGCGAUCCGCCCGAGAUCUACCCACAGUAUUGCUUCCAUCUGUCGCCGACGAUACACCGGUGGUGUCACCUUCGAGCGGCCGACGUUGCGGCGUUGACUACGCAUCCCGGGUUUGAAGGGCAGGAUCUCUACUUCCACAUCAACCAUCCCAUAAAAUGGAUCCGCAUAGCAGGCAUCAUCGUCGCCAUUGAUGAGUACAACAGCCGCCGCGUCUACACGGUGGAUGACGGCAGCGGGGUGAACAUGGAAUGCGUCACCACCAUUGCGGUAGCUAAGCCGGCAGCUGGUGAAGCUGUUGUUCCUGGCGUUACUACUGCUGCUACUACUACCACUGCUACUCCUGGGUACGGUGCCUUCCAGCCCCGCCAGCACACAAACCCUCGCAUACCCAACGACCUCGACGUUGGGCAGGUGGUCGAGGUCAAAGGCGGCAUCUCGACAUUCCGGGACGCACGGCAGAUCAAGGUCGAGAGCGUCACAGUGCUGCGUUCGACGCGGCAGGAGGUGGAGUUUUGGCGCAGGACCACGGAGCUGCGCCACACAGUGCUGGCGCGCCCCUGGACCCUGCGCAGGAGGGAUGUGCGGAGGUGUCGGAAGGAGGCAGAAGCUGAGGACGUCGCGCGCCGGCGGGGCAAAGACUGGAAAAGGAGAAAGAGAGCGGAGAUGGCCGAGGCUGAGGAUGAUGGACCGAGGAGGAGGAUUACAGGGUUGGAGCCUACUUCCAGGCCGGCGGUGGCUGGCUCUGCUUGUGGUGCCGUUUCCACGUCGCGGAGGAUCACUGGAUUGGAGCCUGUUUCGAAGAUGCCGGUCGUCAGGAGCACUGGAGAUGAUGUUGCGGCGUCGAGCAGAACCACAGGUCUAGAGCCUGCCUCGAGAGCGCUGACCGGUCAUAUCACCGGCGCCGGUGCUCGAAAAUCAAAGACCGGGCUGGAGCCUUUGCCAAGGACACCGGCGGGGGACGGAACUAGCGAUCGCGUUUCAUUGAAAAGAUUCACGGGCCUAGAGCCUGCUUCAAGCAGCCUGACCAGUGGUGCUACUGGCAAUGGCGUUCCGCCAAGAAGGAUCACGGGCUUGGAGCCAGCCUCCAGAACCACGGCCUCUAGUGAUGUUGCGCCAAGGCCCAAGAGGAUCACUGGAUUAGAGAGCAGAAAAAAACAUGGUUGA